AUGGCUGCUGACAAAUAUUUAAUGAGACUUGAAGCAAAAGGUUUUCCGUUAGAUGAAGUAUGCGAAACUCCUCCCCCAAAAAUAUCAAAUUUUUAUUGGAAAAAUGAUGAUGAAAGAAAGUUUAAAGUUUUCAUGCCCACUCCAAAUCGUACGUUAUAUUAUACUCUAGAAGAAUAUGAAGGAGACAUGGAUAUCAACAAAUUCGAUGAUAAGAGAUGGACAUUUGGGAAAAAGUGUGUACGGUUAGCUGUUUCAAAUAGACGCGCCGCAGAUCAAUCGUUUAUUGAUCAUAUGGAGUUUUUGAUUGCUAAUUUGAAGGAAUGGUAUGAACGAAACGAUGAACUCAUGUCAAACGUCGGAGGUGAUGUGGAAGAUUCCAAUAUAAAUCUGUAUAAACACUAUGUAAUUAAUAAAUACUUAGUGGAUGAUAUACAAAAUAUUCCAACAGAAUCAAGAGGAAUACAUGGAAAAAUCAGAGGUGGCCGUACAAUAUCAAUACAUCCUAGUUUUGAUGAAGCAAAAGUAAUUUAUGCAAUGGACAUGGGAUUUAAAUUAGCAGCAAAACGUUUUGCCAAUGAUCAAAAUUAUGGAAUUUAUGCCUAUGGUCGUAAUGAUGGAUAUUCUUACUAUUAG